CAUAACUAGAUGUCAUUCAUGAAAAGGCGGUCAAGGAUAUUGUUUGAUGUCCAUAGAGUUUCAAUUUCUUUCAACAAAUGUGCUUACUUUACUCAAUACCCUGUUAAAACAAAAAUCAAGGGAACUUGCUUCAUCAACUUGUGUGACGUGCGUUAGACAUCAAGAGGGCGAAAGAGUAUUUUGUCUACUACACAUCUGGGCAAGAUGCCGUGCUGGAUCGGCUGGCCUGCCACGAGGGUGAUCAUUGGUGGAGUACUUAUACACUUAACCUUGGGGACAUUAUACACAUUUGGCAAUAUGAACCCAUACAUCACGUCUUACCUACGGUACAAGUUUCGAGCCUCGGAUACCGACUACUCAGACACAGCAUGGGUGUACUCGGCUGCCACCAUGGGCAUGGGGUCCACGAUCGUACUGGCGGGCGCGAUCUAUGACAGAUUUGGCCCUCGCAAGACUGUGUCUUUUGGUUGUUUGCUAAUGAGCGGAGGCAUCGCACUUACCUACGUCACAAUACAACACUCGCUGGCCUUAGUGGAUUUGACGUAUGGGCUGAUGUUUGGGCUCGGCAUCGGGAUAUCAUACGUUGUGCCCAUGAGCUGUGCAAUGAAGUGGAUUCCCGACAGAAAAGGGCUUGCCUGUGGAUUAACCGUGGCAGGAUUCGGGGGUGGUGCCUUCAUCUUUGACUACGUUCAAACAUGGUUCAUCAACCCAGACAACGAUCCACUUCCGAAGCAUGUCGACGACAAGUACUACUUCACGCAAGAGAAAAUUCUGUCUCGAGUCCCUCCCGUGUUCUGUGUUUUGGCUGGUUGCUACGCAGCUCUACAAGUGAUUGGGAUCCUGUUACUAAGGGACCCGCCCGAGAUGAGGCUCGUGGACGAGGAAGAUGAUGAGGAAGGGGAAGAGUCAUCACUCACAGACGGAGGGCUGCCCACGUCCUUCACCAGCCAUGGCAGAGAUGAGCAGGAACAAUACGUGUCAUGGAAACAGAGCUGGAAGACCAAGGACUUCUGGCUGCUGUGGUUCUCCCUGUUCUUCAACAGUCAGGGUCUUGUGUUCUUUUCAACUUUCUGGAAGGCAUACGGACAGACUUUCAUCCAUGAUGAUCAGUUCUUGGCCGUUGUUGGAAGCUUUGCUUCCUUAUUCAAUGCAGGAGGCAGAAUCCUCUGGGGAUAUUUAGGCGACAAAUUCUCCUUUAAGGUUGCAAUGCUGUGUUUGUGUGCAGUAUUCACAGUGCUGAUGGCCACCUAUAAGUUGACUGAACUGGUGGGAAAAUCUUUAUUCUUCAUCUACGUGUGUCUUACGUUCGGAACUUUCAGUGGAAACUAUUCACUGUUUCCAGUGGCUACGGCGCAGACAUUUGGACAGCGCUACUUUGUACAGAACUACGGACUGCUGUUCACUUCUCAGGUCAUCAUGUCCGUGAUCACUGCAUUCACUGCUCCCUACAUCCAGAACGUCAUUGUGUGGUAUGGGUUCUUCCUCCUGUCAACUGGGUGUUCUUUCUUCAGUUUCAUACUGGUGUUAGCUUUAAAACAAGAGCGACCGUUCAUCUGAGAUACGAGAUUUACAACCAUGUUCCAUCUGAAACCAAUGCUAGUUGAACCAAGUAUGUAAAUGCACUUACUUUCGAAGAGGCGUCGGCCGAAGAGUAACAACAAACCGAAGAUAUAACUGAGUGCAGAGAUUUCGGACUCCAAGCUCACCCUUUCUAUCCGAACGUUGAGAAAGAUUACCAAGCUCACCCUUUCUAUCUGAACGUUGAGAUAGAUUACUAAGCUCACCCUUUCCAUCUGAACGUUGAGAUAGAUUCCUAAGCUCACCCUUUCUAUCUGAACGUUGUUAUAGAUUCCCAAGCUCACCCUUUCUAUCUGAACGUUGAGAUAGAUUCCCAAGCUCACCCUUUCUAUCUGAAUGUUGAGAUAGAUUCCCAAGCUCACCCUUUCCAUCUAAACGUUGAGAUAGAUUCCCAAGCUCACCCUUUCCAUCUGAAAGUUGAGAUAGAUUCCUAAGCUCACCUUUUCUAUCUGAAUGUUGAGAUAGAUUCCCAAGAUCACCUUUUCUAUCUGAACGUUGAGAUAGAUUCCCAAGCUCACCCUUUCUAUCUGAACGUUGAGAUAGAUUCCCAAGCUCACCCUUUCUAUCUGAACGUUGAGAUAGAUUCCCAAGCUCACCCUUUCCAUCUGAACGUUGAGUUAGAUUCCCAAGCUCACCCUUUCUAUCUGAACGUUGAGAUAGAUUCCUAUUCGCAUGGCCUCACCUUUGGUUCAUCAGAAACAAUGUUUUAUAAAGGAAAGUCAACAUAUAUCUUUUGUAAAUGCACUUGGCACUGUUUUUGUAUCAUGACUACUAUUUAUGUUACACUGCGGCAUCUCAUUGUGCUAGCACUAUUAAACUUGGCAUUAGUCCGGACUAGUACAAACAGCCAGACACGCACGUGCAUGCACGUGCAAUAAUCUUGGACGGGACGUUAAACCCCAUUUCACCCCAUUCCAUGUUUCAGUAACCACUUCCUCAUUUAUUCAGAACUUUAUGACGGAAUUGGCAUACUUCUGACUUAGUUCAUAACAAAGUUUUGUGUACUUCUGAUUUUGAUAUUGUGUUUGGGGGUUUUGGGAAAUAGGGGCUGUCUAUAUUAGUACUUCAAAGGAGAAAGUGUAUGGCUGUUUCGAAAUUUCGGCUGUUCCGACAAACACUUUUCAGUUUCCUCACUGUCGAUAAAUUCAUAGCAUUUACUUUUCUGACCUUAAGUAGAUCAUUUGAUGUUUCGGAAAACAUAUGAACCUCAAAACAAAAGAACCAAUUUCUCAAGCACAGUCAGCAAAAUUGUACAAAUGUUGCUUGAAAUGAUAAGGUACAACGCUCAAAAUAAUAGUUAUUUCUUUGUAACAACAACCAGAAAAAGUAUGUUUACAACCAUGGACUUUCAAAGAUAUAUAUAAAGCUACCAAUGUUCUUGUUCUAUUACAAAACCAGUUCCUCUGUUGAGGUGGGUGGUGUGGUAGUCUAGUGGUUAAAGUGUUCAGUCGUCACGCCGAUAACCUUGGUUCGAUUCCCCACAUGUGUAACUUUUGUGAAGCCAAUUUCUGAUAUUCAAGCCCACCGUGAUAUUGCUGAAAUAUUGCUAAAAGCGGCGAAAAAAAACCUUACUCACUCUGUCGAUGUAAAGACACAUGGUCUUAAUUGGUGUAUUUCCCAUAUUAAACUUUUUUGUGUGUGAAAUCAAUUCACUGCCUUUACCGCCACAGAAGAACUGGUGUAAGCUGAACAAAAGCUUUUGUAGCGUUAUAUUUGAAUCUUCAUUACUGUGGCACUACCAUGCGACAUUGAUCAACAUCUAAUAACGGACGCUGUUUGGCCAAUUGCCUCUGAGAUAUGUGAUGUUUUAUGCCGUUUUAUGAAUUAAUAGUGCAGCUCUAUGAUCAUCUACUUACGGAAUCUGACGCAUUAUGAAUGUAAAUAUUAUUAUG